AUGGCGGGAGUUAAGCGUAAGCUCGACGCCAAUCAAGGAUCUGCUUCGGCAUCCUCUGGCAAUGCAGCCGCGGAAGCUUCUCAGAAUACUCUUAAUAAUUCGACUGAAGACACGUCUCGCACUCGCGUUACGCGUAGCCAUCGCACAACUCGCGCCAGCCAGAGCGGCCAAGGUGGCCAAGGUGGCCAGGGCAGCCAGAGCAGCCAGAGCAACCGCAGCGGUCCUUCACGUAUCAUCACUCUCAGUACCCGCAAUGCUCGGGCUAACACUGCUCGGGCUGAAGCGGAAGCUCGUGCUAAAGCUGAAGUUGAAGCUCAGGCUCAGGCUCAGGCUCAGGCCAACGCUCAAACUACUAACACUCGGAGCAGCGGUCGUGAAACACGUACGUCUCGUGGACGUGCUGCCCCUCCACCUCCCACGCAGCAGCCAGAGCCUCCUGCUCCACCGGUUCCAGAGACCCCUCGCGUUAAGCGCGUCAAACGGGGCACUGCAGUCGAAGAAACGCCUAGAACUACAAGACAGUCUGCUAGACUGAGAUCUCAAGGCAAUCCUGGCAGCGAUAUGGCUGCUGCCGUUGAAGGGCUCAAAAACAAACAGCUGGAAGCAAGCCCAUCAACUGGUGCCGUGUCCGGUGUCAGAACCAGAAACCGGGACGCAAAGAUGGCUGACAGUACCAGUAAUUCUUUUCGUGAUCCUGAACCCGCACCUGACGCAGCUGUCAAGUCUCCAUCGCCUGAUGGCACUGUUUCUGCUACUGCUGAAAACUCUACCCCAGCCGAAGCAGACGAUUCUCAGGAUACAAACGCGGAAUCGAAACCUGCCAAGGAGGCACUGAAGAACGAGUUCUCUGACAAAAGUCAGAACCAAGCGGAUGAACACGCAACUUCUAUUGAAUUCCCUCAACGCCCAACAAAUACCCCCAGUCCACGUGGGUCAAGGAGACGCAAAUCGUCCGCCACAGAAGUUGAUCAUGUCUCCGAGGCUGUCGAAAGCAGUAUCUCUCCAAGCAAGAAGCCAAAGCUGGAGAAAGACGAGGCAGAUGAUGAACUUGAACAACAAUUGCAAAAUGGCACCGAUGGAAAGCCCGAAUCACAUUCCCCUGUUGAGGCCACUGGAGAAUCCGGGGCUGGUGAUGAGUCCCGCCAAAUCACGGAGGAAGUUGAUGACGCUUUUACCCCCGACAACGCUGCUGAAUCUGUCUCAGCCGGCAAAGGCCGUGGAGGACGUGGCGGCGUUACCCGAGGCCGGGGUCGUGGUCGUGGAGGGCGCAGCAGGGGAGCAGCCCGAGCGCCAGCGGCAAAACGCGGAGGCACUGGACGUGGACGUGGGGGCCGUAAUACUCGUGGACGUACUAGUGGCCGUCACCACGAUCGUUCCAGCGAUUUUGAAUAUGAGCGUUCCCCCUCUCCCAGCGCGGCUACCCAGAAGCUCCGAGAACGCCAGCGAGACUUGGACAAGGCAUUUAAGAAGGUGGCAGCUGCUCAGCGACUUGCUUUGGCCGUGCUAGCUACGCAGUCAGAGAGAAAACUGGCUCGGGAUAGGAACGCCCACAAGAACGUUCCGGAAUACGAUGAGAUCAACGAGCAACUCAAAGCGAGACUAGCAGCAAAGAAAAAGACUCUUCGCCAUGAAUAUGAGCUCAAGGUUGCACAGGAAAAUCGAGUCUUCGCCGCCAACAAGGCGAGUAUCGAGGAGCGAUUCCAAGCAUCGGCUCGAAACAUCCAAGAUGAACAUCUUCUCGCAGCCCAGGGAGACUAUAUGGCUUUUGUAGAAGGUCGCCGGGCGGCCGAGGACGAUGAACACACAGAGACCGACGGAUCUGAAACCGAAACCGAUCACAUACUCACAUCUAAACUGAAGAAGGAAUUCGUCAGAGGCUUCAACUCGACUUGUGUCAGAAACCUGUCAGGCGCUGCGGCAUAUGAGCGUGCCAGCAUCGGCUGGGAGGACUUUACCCAGCGGGCUAAGCUGGGCGGGGAUCUUUCCCCCCAGAUGAAAGAAAUGGGGCAGGGAGGCAUCUUCGCCGGUCUGGCUGCCCCGGACAUUAUCUCCCUGCUGCUCCAAGCAACUGGUAUCCUUGAGGUCCAACAAAACGAAAAGCCUUCGACCUCGACCUCGGCACCGACCCCGAGGAUGCCCGUUGCGGUUGCACCGGUUCCCGAGCCUCAUCCAACUGCGCUUUUCGCUCUGGCUGAUGCAGCAGCAUCCACUGCGGCGUCGGCCAAUGUCGACAAUGGAGUUGUUCUACCUAGGACCGCUCCUCCUCAUCCUCCUCUCCCCCCGGUUAGGACGACUCCCACCCACCGAACCCUCCUUCCCCAGCUCCCCCAGCCAAGUCAGGUGGCCCAUGGGGCUACGGAUCCUCGAUCUUUCAUGCUCCCGCGGCCUACGCCACAGAGACAGCGUCGGCUGCUUCCUGCAGGCCCCCAUGAGCCACUCGGUUUGCCCGACCCAUUCGUUCCGCGGGGAGGUGGACCUCCUCAACUCCCUCCUCCGCCGGGGUCAAACUUCCAAAGGCCUCCAAUUCCCGGAUACAUGUCAGGGCUUUAUUACCCCCCUCCUCAUCCUGCCGGGCCACCUCCGCCCACUCGUCCUCCAUUCUAA